UCAAGCCAGUAUGCACUGCUGGUCAGUCAGUCAAAAAUUUCAUUCAUCGAUAGACAACGCAGCAGACUAUCCCAAUAAACAGUUUUGGACAGAUGUACUGAUUAGCUCGAUAUUGGUCAGAUACAGGUUCAGAGUGGGCUCGGAGCUGAAUAAUUAACGUAACUAAACCAUUUCGGAGCAAUGAAACGCUCAACGUACGAAAACGUCUUCGUCACCGUCGGAACGACCCAGUUCGAGGACCUAAUCAACACGGUCACCUCCGAACCCGUGGUGGCCCAACUCCGCCGGAUGGGUUGCCGCAAGUUGAUGCUCCAGGUUGGACGUGGCAAGCAUCCGGCGCUGGCGAAAUCCAUGUGCGGCCCCGACAUCGAAGUCCGCUUCUACGACCUCAAGUCCAGCAUAGACGAGGACAUCCGGCAGGCGGAUCUGGUCAUCAGUCACGCCGGCGCCGGAAGCUGCAUCGAGGUGCUUGGGGCGGAGAAGCCGCUGGUGGUGGUCGUGAACGAGCGACUAAUGGACAACCACCAGACGGAACUGGCGGAACAGUUGAGCAAGGAGGGUUACCUGCUGUACUGUACGCCGAAGACGCUGGCGACGACCCUCGAGGGGAGUGACUUUGACCAGUUGAAGCAGUUUCCGCCGGGGUCGGUGGCCGAUUUCAUUAGUUACUUGGAUGCGUUUAUGGGUUUUUAGAGAAAGCGUAGCAGUGCGGGUUAAUUGUAUGGAGUUUUAUAUUAGUUUGCUCAGGUGGUUUCCACGCAAUGGAUGACCGCGUGGAACAGUUUGUUAUUUAUAGGAAAAUAAAUUAUUUAUAACUUUUCUCAGCUCUCAGGUGCGAAUUGGCAUUUAUAAUAAAGUUUUGUACUACAUGUUA